AUGGCGCCCAAUCGGAUCCUUAAACACUUCAACGGCACCCUGGCUGCGGCCUUUACCGUCAUCGCCGUCUCGACCUUCAACUAUGGCUUCGACAAUGCCGGCUACUCGACGACCCAGGCGAUGGACGCGUUCCAGCGCCAAUUCGGCGACCAGAACCCCACGACUGGUAAAUGGAAGUUGCCAACUGGCUGGCUCGCGCUCUUUAAUAGUCUCAACUAUAUCGGCUUUGCGGCCGGGGUCAUCAUUGGUAGUCUCGUCAGCGCUCGUUUGGGUCGCCGGUGGUGCAUAUUCGGGAUGAGCGCGUGGGCCGUGAUUCCUGCGACAAUUGCCGUAACCUCGAGCACCAGAGAGCAGAUCAUGGCCGCGCGCAUUCUCAACUACAUCUACAUUGGCAUGGAACUCUCUGUGGUUCCUGUGUACCAAUCUGAGAUUGUUCCCGCGGAAAUUCGUGGAUUUGCCGUCGGGUCCUACCAGUUCAGUCUGAUGUUUGGUACACUGAUCGUCAACUCUAUCUGCAGGGGAACUAGCAUCUUCGAGGGCAAUGCAUCUUGGAGGAUUCCUAUGGGCUUGUUUUACGUUAUUCCUGUCAUUGUUAUGGGUUUGAUCUUCUUCAUCCCAGAGUCACCUCGUUGGCUGUUGACUCAGGACAGAGUCGAAGAAGCCCAGGCAUCGCUGAAGAAGCUCCGAGCCGGCACCAUCUCAGACGCCGAGAUCGAUGAGCAGUUCGCCGCCCUCCAGUAUGCAUUGAAACAGGAAGUCGAGCAAGGGAACUAUAUGGAACUCUUCAAGGGCGUGAACUUGAAGAGAACGGGAAUUGUGAUGGCCAUGAACUUCUUCCAGCAAGCAACUGGACAGGCUUUUGCCUCUACCUACGGCGCAAUCUUCAUCAAGGAUAUCGGAACAGUCAACCCCUUUACAAUGACCAUCAUCAACGCUGUUGUGAAUCUUUGCAUGGCGUUUGUCGGACUCUACCUGACCGAUCGUGUGGGACGGAGACCUCUUCUCCUGAUGGGUGCGGUCUGGCAAUUCGCCGCCAUUGUGACGAUGGGAUCACUGGGCACCGUGACAGGCCCAUCAUUCGCCGUCAAGACGAGCAUAGUAGCCAUGCUGACAAUCUUUGCCGCCGGGUACGUCUUUGCAUGGGCGCCUCUGAACUACGUCGUUACGACCGAGAUUCCCGCCCUCCGGCUGCGUGACGCCUCUCAACGAACAGCGUCAAUGGUCAACGUCCUGGCCAACUUUGUCGUAAACUUUAGCAUUCCAUACCUGCUCUACACCCCAGGCGCAGGAUUAGGGUCAAAAGUCGGUUUCAUCUUUGCGGGAAUCCUGGUGCUGGCACUUGUCUUCACUUGGUUCUGUAUCCCCGAAUGCAAGGGCAAGUCUCUUGAACAGAUCGACCGGAUGUUCAAUGAAGGGGUCCCGCUGCAGAAAUUCGGCAAGUACAAGGCGGAAGACAUGUUUCAGGCUUCGCCAGAGGACGGCGAAAAGGCCGGAGGAGUUGUCACAGCGAGGCACGCAGAGAAGGCGUAA